AUGCCACCAAUUGUCCACUGUGUCCGUCACGGACAGGGAUUUCACAAUGUUGGCGGUGGAUGCUACACUCUUCUUGACCCUUACCUGACCACCUUGGGCGAAGAGCAAUGCAUGACCUUGCGACAGACGACCUUUUCAGACCAGUCGAAGAUAUCUCUCAUCCUUGCUUCUCCGCUGCGCCGAACACUUCAGUCCGCCUAUCUAAUGUUUCAGCCAGCACUGAAGACCAACCGGAAGUGUCACCCCGAAAUCAUUGCCAUUCCUGAUGCCCAAGAAACCUCGGACGACCCGUGCGACACUGGAAGUGAUACAACAAUCCUCUACAAUGUAGUAACGGAAACCAAGUGGCCUGUCAACCUUGAUCUGGUUGAGGACAACUGGAACUUGAAGGAUUUGGGGACUCGCUAUAGCCCAGAAAGCAACGCAAUAGCAGACCGAGCUCGCGAAGUCCGUAUCUUCAUUCGGCAGAAGAUUCGCCAACUGGCAGAGCGAGGCAAUGCGGAUCCUCAAGUUGUGCUCGUCAGCCACGGGAGCUUUCUACACUACUUCACCAAUGAUUGGGAGGAUGCUUGGCUCAAUCCUGGAACGGGAUGGCGGAACUGCGAGACCCGGUCCUACAUCUUCAAGCAAGACGUGAUGAAAGAUAUCGAUGAGGAGGCGAUGAUCACGGAGACGAUGGACAGUCGACUGAAGAGGGGAAAGUGCAACCCUAUGCCGGGCUGGGAUGAGCAAGCGGUUUUAUUUGAGCAGGCCAUGGAGAACUGGGAGAAAUAG